AUGUAUCUCACCAAGCCUCGACCCAACAUCAUCAAUUUCCGUUUCCAUCGCUGUCAAAUCACCAAUUUUAUUCAAAUUCACAAAAUCCGUUCCCUCAACAUUUUGAAAACAACCCAAACAAUCCGUCGCCAAUUCAGCAAAGUUAUGAAUAUUCAAACAAUGGGAAUACUUUUGAAAAUUUUAUAGGCCCAUAUACAAAUCCAGCACCAACCCAGCAACAUCAAUUUCCGUCCAAUCACGAAAAGUAUUCCCUUCAGGUUUUUUUAUUUUGGAUAUAUUC